GUUCGUUUGUGAGGAAGAUCCCGUUGUGCAGCGGGAUUCUGCGUCGAGUUUCCGAGCAAGUGGAUAUCAGAGUUAGCCUGCGAAAUGCUACAUUUCGUGUGAUAUACCGAAGCUGGGCAGACCGAACAGUGUAACAGUAUAACGGUGGUGACUGUGGCCAUUGAUUCGCGAAAAACCAAUCGUCGGUUGUGUUUUUCCCCGAGAUAUGCAGUAGCAAACAAGCAAGAAAAGUGUGUGUAACAACCGGCCAACGAAGAACACGCUGGCAUUCACGAUUGGCAUUGGUGGAGAGCUGUUUGAUGCAUUGUUGAAUUAAUCAUCGAUCAGAGAAAUAGUAGGCGCGUAGAGCAACGUAGUAACCUGAUAAAGAAGGAGGAAAAAACAACAUACCCGGCAACCCCCGCACCACGUCAGGACUGCGUGGUGUGAGAGUGUGAGUUCAGCAACGUCGUUCCGUUGCGUGUCCCCACGUCCCUGUCCCACAGGGACCGAAUCUAGCAGCGGUUCCGAUAUUAUGACAACGAGACACAGUUCUGUCACCGGCAAAAUGAGAAAUAUUACCUUGGCCAUUGCUUUCGUCGCCGCCGCCUGCUGCGUGGGACUCUCGGAUGCGUUCUACCUGCCCGGUUUGGCGCCGGUUAAUUACUGCAGAAAGUCGGAAAUGCAAAAAUCGUGCAAGUCGGAGGUGACACUGUACGUGAAUCGGCUCAACACGGAGGAAUCGGUGAUCCCGUACGAGUACCAUCAUUUCGACUUUUGUCCUAUCGAUGAAACGAACUCGCCGGUUGAAAACCUCGGCCAGGUGGUGUUUGGCGAACGUAUCCGUCCCGGACCGUACAAGAUCCAGUUCCUGGAGGACGUGAAGUGUGCGAAGGCAUGCACCAAGCACUACAAGGGUGGCGACCCGGACAGUGACCACCGGUUGAUGGUGCUCAAGAAGGGCAUGAGCUUGAACUACCAGCAUCACUGGAUCGUCGAUAAUAUGCCCGUUACCUGGUGUUACCCGCUGGAAAAUGAACGCCAGUACUGUAGCACCGGUUUCCCCAUGGGUUGUCUCGUUCGGCGCCAUCCGGACGGCGAGGAGGGUUGCAUUACGAACCCGAACUACAACCGUGCCGGGUACUAUUACCCGUUCAAUCAUGUCGACCUAACCAUCACCUACCACAGUGGAGCGACGGAGGAGUGGGGCGUUGCGUUUAAGCAGAACGGAGGCCGCAUUAUUUCGGUAAAGGUCGUGCCGUCGUCGAUAAACCACAAGAACGAGGGUGAGCUGAACUGCGACAGCAAGGAACCGAUCGAGAUUCAAUCGAGUGCCCUACCGGCCGGUUCUUCACUGGACAUCGUCUACACGUACUCGGUGCACUUUACGCAGAACAACAAGAUUAAGUGGUCGUCCCGGUGGGACUACAUUUUGGAGUCGAUGCCGCACACCAACAUCCAGUGGUUUAGCAUACUGAACUCGCUCGUGAUCGUGCUGUUCCUCUCCGGUAUGGUGGCCAUGAUCAUGCUGCGUACGCUGCACAAGGAUAUUGCACGGUACAACCAGAUGGAUUCUGGCGAGGAUGCACAGGAAGAGUUCGGUUGGAAGUUGGUGCAUGGUGACGUGUUCCGACCACCACGCAAGGGCAUGCUGCUGUCGGUAUUCCUCGGCUCCGGUAUUCAGGUGUUCUGUAUGACGUUGGUAACACUGGCAUUCGCGUGCCUCGGUUUUCUUUCGCCCGCCAACCGAGGUGCGCUGAUGACCUGCGCCAUGGUACUUUUUGUACUGCUCGGUACCCCGGCCGGGUACGUUUCGGCACGGAUCUACAAGAGCUUUGGAGGGAUCAAGUGGAAGAGUAAUGUUUUGCUAACGUCUAUGCUUUGUCCUGGUGUCGUGUUUGGGCUUUUCUUCGUAAUGAACUUGAUAUUAUGGAGCAAGGGAAGCUCAGGGGCUGUUCCAUUUUCGACCCUCAUUGCUCUGCUAGCAUUGUGGUUCGGCGUUUCGGUUCCACUUACGUUCGUGGGUGCCUAUUUUGGUUUUCGAAAGAGGUCCCUCGAGCAUCCGGUCCGAACGAAUCAAAUCCCCCGCCAGAUUCCGGACCAGUCGAUCUACACGCAACCGAUUCCGGGUAUCAUCAUGGGUGGCGUGCUGCCAUUCGGGUGCAUCUUCAUUCAGCUGUUCUUCAUCCUAAACUCGCUUUGGUCGAGCCAGAUGUACUACAUGUUCGGCUUUCUGUUUCUGGUGUUCCUCAUCCUUGUGAUCACCUGCUCCGAGACGACGAUCCUGCUGUGCUACUUCCAUCUGUGCGCGGAAGACUACCACUGGUGGUGGCGAUCGUUCCUGACGUCCGGCUUUACGGCGGUCUACCUGUUUGUGUACUGCUGCCACUACUUUGCCACGAAGCUGCAGAUUGAGGAUGCCGCUUCCACCUUCCUCUACUUUGGCUACACGCUCAUUAUGGUGUUUUUGUUCUUUUUGCUGACCGGGUCGAUAGGUUUCUUUGCCUGUUUCUGGUUCAUACGCAAGAUUUACAGUGUGGUAAAGGUGGACUAAAUGUUGAUCGCGUUGGCGUUCUUCCGUUCUUCUUCGACUACAAUUUCCGUUCGUUUUCCUUUGCGUCUAUAUAAAAGUAGCUCCCUCUGAUCGUAUCUUGUUUUAGCAUAUGUUUAAUGCAUAUAGCAUAGAAAACCGUAUCUUUGGUGAGUUUAGCAAACUAUAGUCGCGUUUCAAAGGUCUCAGUGUAGUACAAACAGUGCGUCCUAAAGAAGGGAUAAAAUUCCCCAAAACCUGCGGAUAUGCAAUACCGACAAUACAAUGCUUGCUAGCA